AUGCCCGUUGAAGAAUCUCUCGAGAUUCUUCUGGCAGUUUUGAAGUCGUGUCGCAGCUAUGGUGGGAGAGUGGACAUGAGCAUGGCCAUGUGCGACGCCAAGACUCUGUACGAAGCCGUAGAAAGCGGGAGAACCGUUGACCAGAAGACCAUCAUUUCAGUUCUAAGUCAACGGAGUUCUAAGCAGAUUAAAGCCAUUCUCGUCUCCUACAAACAGCUUUAUGGGCAGGAAUUCUCCAAGUUCAUGAAGCAAAGCAAAUGUGGGCAGUUUGGAAAAGAAGUUGGAAUCGUAAUCCGAUGCAUACAAAAUCCCGAAAAGUUCUUUGCAAAGCAGCUAAUGAGGAUGAAGAGUGCUGAUGCUCGAGAGAUUUUGAUUCGACUGGUAAUCACUCGGUCGGAGAUAGAUAUCAAAGAUAUUGACGAGGCUUUUGCAACCAAAACGGGGAGUUCCAUUGAGAACCUUGUGAGAAGAGAAUUCAACGGUAAUAAAGAUCAGACUGCUGACAUUGUAGCUCGCAUCUUGAUUGGACUGAUGAAACGAAAUUGA